CUACCUCAGUCAUCUCUCUCGCACACAUAAUUACCAUUUCCAGAUUUCCUUACUCAAAGCCAAAGGUUCCAUCCAAAAAGGCGCUCUCUCGCGCACACACAACCUUCCUCUUUCAUCUGCAAUGGAGGUAGCGUUUCCGGCAAUUUGACAAAUGGCGCUGCCACACUUCAAUCUGACGCAAAUUCCUCCCCCCACUUCUUGCUGCUGCUGCCGGUGUCAACAUUUUCAACUUUCGCGUGGCAAUGCACCCCCGAAGCAUUCCCUUCUCGUGGGCUUUGCUCGCUGCCCGGUGAUUUCCUUCCCUGCCGGGCUUGUGGGUUUCCUCUCUGGUUCCAUUUCGACGGGUUUGAGAAAGAGACCUGUUACUGUCUCGCCGUGGAUACUGAACGCUGCCACUCCAACUUGCGUCCUAGAUAACGCCACCGUUCCGGCCACCGCCACCGUGGAAAUCAACGUCACCUGCUAUCAGCUACUUGGUCUUCGUGAUCAAGCAGAGAAAGACGAGGUAGUGAAGUCAGUGAUCCAAUUGAAAAGCGCUGAGGUAGAAGAUGGAUAUACAAUGGAUGCCAUCAUGUCUCGCAAGGAUCUUUUGAUGGAUGUGAGGGACAAGGUUCUUUUUGAAGCUGAAUAUGCUGGAAACGUGAGAGAUAAGAUUCCCCCCAAGUCUUCUCUAUACAUUCCAUGGACCUGGUUGCCUGGUGCUCUUUGCCUUCUUCAAGAGGUUGGUGAAGAGAAGUUAGUGCUUGAUAUUGGCAGAAAGGCUAUCCAGAAGCCAGAUGCUAAGCCUUAUAUCCAUGACAUACUUCUAUCAAUGGCACUGGCAGAAUGUGAAAUUGCAAAAAUUAGCUUUGAGAACAAUAAGAUAUCCCUUGGAUUUGAAGCUCUAGCCCGUGCUCAGAGUCUUCUUAGGAGUAAGAUCUCCCUUGGGAAGAUGGCUUUGCUGGCCCAGAUAGAAGAAUCUAUGGAGGAGCUGGCACCUGCUUGCACACUGGAGAUAUUAAGCAUGCCUCAUUCUCCUGAAAAGCCUGAAAAGCGACAAGGAGCAAUAGCAGCUUUGCGUGAAUUACUCAGACAAGGACUUGAUGCGGAAAUGUCAUGUAGAGUCCAAGACUGGCCUUGCUUUCUGAUUCAAGCACUUAAUCGGCUCAUGGCCACUGAAAUAGUCGAUCUUCUUCCUUGGGAUGAUUUAGCCCUUAUUCGGAGAAACAAGAAAUCACUUGAAUCACAUACUCAGAGGGCUGUUAUUGACUUCAAUUGUUUCUAUGUGGCAUUGAUAGCUCAUAUUGCUCUGGGUUUCUCUAGCAAGCAGACAAAAUUGAUCAACAGAGCAAAAGAUAUAUGUGGCACUCUGAUAGCUUCGGAAGGUAUUGAUCUAAAAUUGGAGGAAGCAUUUUGCUUGUUUCUUUUGGGAGAGGACAAUGAGGCCCAGGUUGUUGAAAAGCUUCAACAGGUGGAGUCGAAUGUGAACCCCGCACCACGAAUUUUGAUCUCUGGGAAGGAUAAGUACGUCGCAACCUCUGUCAAGUUGCCUGUGGAAACAUGGCUGAAGGACUCUGUGCUUGCUGCGUUUUCAGAUACAAGAGAUUGUUCACCAUCACUGGUGGACUUUUUCUCUGGUGGAAGCAAAUUACCUUCUCUUUCAACCAAACGGGUUACUGGUCAAAGGCCUUUCUCAGGUUUUGCAUCAGAACGAAUCAAUCAUGGUGGUGGGUCUCUCUCAUUGAAGACCUCUUCUCAACACCUUGGAUCAGCUGUGAAGAAGUUGGCUCUUGUGGAUUUGCAGACCUCAUUGAUGUCUGACAAGUGUGAUGAUCGAGCCAGUGAGGACCAACCACUGGUUCAGCUGAAAAGAAAAUUGGACAUGCGGGAUAAUGGAAAUUGGGAAAGUUGGCCGUCGUAUGGGAAUGUGGUUGGAAAGUUCAUAUUUGUUGUAGUAUUAGGGUGCAUGACUUUUAUCACCUCCAAGUUGUCUUACAGGAGUCUAAGGUCUCCUACGUUUGCCUUCAAUAAGCAUAUUGCUGAUACCACUUUCCAUAGUGGCACCAUGGAUUUUUCUCAUGAUACCAUUGGAGGAAGUGGUAUUGGUGACAGAAUGAAAAAGCUAUCAGCAACUGUCAAAACAAAAUUCUACACACUGCCACGACAUAGUACAUCACAGAAUUUAGAGCUGACCACUAGCAGAAAGUCUUCUACAAGAGCAGUGUCAAGGAAGCAGAUGCCAGUUGAAGAAGCUGAAGCUCUGAUUAGGCAAUGGCAAACUGUUAAAGCUGAAGCUUUGGGUCCCGAACAUCAAAUCCAGAGCCUAUCUGAACUACUUGCCGAGUCAAUGCUUGAACAGUGGCAAGAAUUGGCUGAUGCAGCUCACUCCGAGUCAUGCUAUUGGAGAUUUCUUUUGCUAGACCUGUCCAUUGUAAAAGCUGAUGUUGUUUCUGAUGGAUUUGGGAUGGAGACGGCGGAAAUCGAAGCUCUUCUCGAGGAAGCAGCUGAGCUUGUUGACGAAUCUCAGCAGAAGAAGAACCCAAACUAUCACAGCAAGUAUAAAAUUCGGUAUGCAUUGAAGAGGCAAGACGAUGGAUCAUGGCGGUUCUGCAAAUGUGAGAUUCAAUCCCCAUCAUGAUGUCUCUGGAUCACAAAUCGGGAAAAGCAGCAAUGCAGUAACGAGUAUUUGAUCCCCCUACAGGCACCGAUUAGGGUUCUUCUCCAAUCACGGGAACAAGGAUUAGGUUAGAGCAUCUCUAACUAGCUGUGGUUUAAGUGUUAGCAUUGCAUAGUGAUGUUGAUUUGAUUGAUAUUCGAUUUGAUUGACAUGCAUUGCUGCAGCCUGCAUGCAUACACUGAUUCUGGAUGUAAACUAAAGGCAAAGGUGGCUGGAGAGGUAGUUGUAGCUUGCUCUUACAAAUAACAUGUAGUCAGACAGGCUUAGCGUUGGGGAAAUGAAACUUAGUUUUCCAA